GUGUGUUGUGGGUGCGACCAGAUCGAGGCUGUCUUGACGUUGCUCAGUGACAACAUGGCAGCGGCUGCCGGCUUUAAUAGCUCGCAUCGGAACUGCCAAUAUUCUACUAGCAUUUGGAUACUUUUGUUAUGUAGCUUCUCUGUUGCCAGCGCAUACAUCGAAGGCUUAUACUGUGGCAAUGAAAACUGUUACGAUUAAUGAAAUUGUCAAAGCAUACAGAAAUCUUGCUCGAAAAUGGCAUCCAGACAGGUUCAAAGAAGAGGAAGAAAAAGCCACAGCUACUGUGAUGUUCCAGAAGAUAGCCAGUGCUUAUGAGAUUUUAAAAGAUGAUGAACAAAGAAAUGAUUACAAUUACAUGCUUGAUCAUCCAGAGGAAUACUACUCUCAUUAUUUCUACUAUUACCGUCGCACUAUGGCACCAAAAGUUGAUGUUAGAAUUGUCAUCGCUGUCACCAUUUCUGUCAUAUCUGUUAUUCAGUAUUUAAAUGCAUGGAACAACUAUAACACGGCCAUUGUACAGUUAUCAAAAGAACCCAAAUAUCGGAUACAGGCCACAGAAAUAGCCAAAACCGAAGGCUUACUUAAUACAAAUAGAAAAAAAGAUAGAAGGAAAAAGGAAGAAAUUCGAGAAGAAGAAGAAACUAUUAUAAGAAAAGUUAUAGAACAAAAAAUGGAUAUCAGAGGAGGGUUUAGUAAACCCAAAAUCUAUAAUGUCCUUUGGAUCCAGUUAGUCCUUAGUCCAUACUAUAUCUUACGAUAUCUAUAUUGGUAUAUCCGAUGGAUCUGGAAAUUUAAUAUUAAGAAAGAAGAGUAUGGGCUAGAAGAGAAAAUGUAUAUAAUUCAGACAUAUAUGAAACUUAGUUCCACCCAGUGGGAGGCUAUAGAUGAGCAUGACAAGGAAAAUUAUUUGAUGCAGAAAUUAUGGAUUAAAAAAAAUUUCAAUGUGUGGAAAGAGAAACAAGAGGAAGAACUGAAAGCAAGGCUGGCUGUGAGUGCAAAAUAUAAAAGUUAUCGAAGGUACAUGCGUAAGGGAGGUGCUGGACAGAUAGUUUUCGGGCCAGAAUAGAUAGGGGGUGUGUUGAUAUCUUGACGCUGUAGAGAACAGCUAUGUCUAGGCAGGGCAUUUGUGGUGUUCUGGAGUGCAAAAGAGAUAAGAAUAAGCCGGGGAAUAUUUAUAGUAGAAAUAACAAAGCAGAGAAGAGCAGCAUAGAAAUAAGGAGGGAGACACUUGUCACUUGAAAUAAGACAGGGUUGUAUAAAAAAGUGAAUUGAUUGAAAUAGAAUGUGUGGUGGUUGAAGGAUGUAUGAAAUUGGGCAGGACAACGCCAUAUGAAGGUUACAUGAAUUUCAUGGGAAGGGCUAGUAUAUUAAAGUUACAAAAUUAAAGAGAUGUACGUAGGUAUAUACAUAUCUAUGUACAUAGGUAUAUACAUAGGUAUAUACAUAGGUAUAUACAA